AGGGCGAUUCUCCCAUUUCCCCUCUCUUUCCCCCUUUCCCACUGAUUCUGCUUGAAAUAAUUGAACCUCAAAUUUGGUGGCUUGCAUUUGAAUUAGUAUAUUUAAUCCAACGCAAACAUGACAACACACAGAUCCAUUCAUCUUCGUUCUCCAUUACAAAUUUCCUUUCUUUUUCAUUUUCAUUGUUGGAGAAGUAGUGCAGGUUUAUUUUUAAAUUUGUUCAGUGUUUUUUUGGCUCAAAGUUUUAGUUGCAACAAUCAGAAAUGGCUUCUCAACCAAAGAAUGUUGGAAUACUCGCUAUGGAGAUUCACUUUCCUCCUACUCGCCUUGUGCUGGAAGAAUUGGAGGCUCAUGAUGAGGUAAGCAAAGGCGAGUAUACAAUUGAUCCUGGACAAGAUUGCAUGGGCUUUGUCAUUGAGGAUGAAGAUGUUGUAUCAAUAAGCAUGACAGCUGUUACUUAUCUUCUGGAGAAGUAUGCUAUUGAUCCAAAGCAAAUUGGCCGGUUAGACGUUGGAACUGAAACUAUUAUCGAUAAGAGUAAAUCUAUCAAGACAUUCUUAAUGAGAAUAUUUGAGGAACAUGGAAAUACUGACAUUGAAGGUGUUGACUCCCAUAAUUCCAGCUAUGGGGGAACUGAUGCACUGUUCAACUGCGUUAAUUGGGUGGAGAGCUCUUCAUGGGAUGGACGCUAUGGACUUGUAGUAUGCACGGAUAGUGCGGUCUAUGCAAAGGGACCUGCUCGGGCUACUGGAGGAGCUGCAGCAAUUGCUAUGCUUGUAGGGCCAGAUGCUCCUAUAGUAUUUGAAAGCAAGAUCAGAGCUAGCUAUAUGUCGCAUGUCUAUGAUAUUUACAAGCCCAUCCUUGACAGUGAAGAUCCAGUGGUGGACAGUGAGAUUUCGCAAACCUGUUAUCUUAAAGCACUUGAUUCUUGCUAUAAGGGUUUAUGCAACAAAUAUGAGAAAGUGGAAGGGGAGCAAUUUUCUAUUGAUAAUGCAGCCUACUUUGUAUUUCAUUCACCAUACAACAAGCUCGUCCAGAAGAGCUUUGGUCGCUUGCUUUACAACGACUUUUUAAGGAAUGCUAGCUCUAUUGACGAGUCUACUAGACAAAUCCUGUCCCCCUUUGAAUCCUUAACUGGUGAUGAAAGCUACCAAAGCCAUGAUCUUGAUGAGGCAUCCCAACAAGUUGCUAAACCAUUUUACGAUGAGAAGGUGGAACCUACUACAUUGAUACCAAAACAAGUUGGCAACAUGUACACCGCGUCUCUCUAUGCUGCGUUUGCAUCCCUCCUUCACAAUAAGCACAACACAUUAGCUGGUCAGCGGGUAAUCAUGUUCUCCUAUGGGGGUGGAUCGACUGCAACAAUGUUUUCACUAAAACUCAAUGAAGGUCAACAUCCUUUUAGUCUGUCAAACAUUGCCAGUGUGAUGAAUGUUGCAGAGAGGCUGCUAAAGAGAUAUGAGUACACACCUGAAGAAUUCGACAUUUUUGUUGGACUUUACGAGGCCAGAAGAGAGUUUGGCAUAAAAAACGACUAUUGGUGUGAAAUGCCUGGCAACCUUCUACCGGUAGGAGCCUACUACCACAGAGGGGUUGAUUCCGAGUAUAGAAGAGCUUAUGAUAAAAAGACUCCUGAGAUUGAACAGGAGAUAGAAGAAUAAGGAGUGUGCCUGCAGGAUUUUGCUGCUGGAUGCAUUUGUUACACACUUUUUUUCUUUUUUCCAUGAUGUAUUUCUGGUUUGUAUUUACAUUCUCAUGAUUAAAUUGGCUGUUUGGUUGCAUCUGUUUUGCUAUUUUGUGAGGUAGAUAAAUUACAUUCUUCAAUCGCGAAACUUUCACUUAGUGUAUUUAAUAUAUGAAGAAAAACACACGAAAGAAGCUAAAGAGGUUCACAUUUGCACCGAUGGUUCGGAUGUACACCUCGAUCUUACCUGGCUCUGACUUCUUGAAUUAUGAGGUAGAUAAAUUGAUAUAUGAAAAUAUUGUGAACUUUUUAAGUUUAAAGUAAAGUUA